UUAUGAAUGGACAGUAAAGUUUUAAACACAUUUAGCUUGAUUAGAAAACAUCUUAUAAAGUUUAUUAGCUUAGUUGUGUGUUACAAAACAGGAUAUUGACGCAUAUUUAUGACAUAGAAGAAAUGGAGAUGGUCGGCAAGAUUAACGGAAAUGAAUUUACUUGCAAUAAUUCAUUUAUUAAUGAAUAUCUUAAAUUUCUUAAUAAUAUCCCGAAGACACCUGAUAUUUUAAUUUCUUCACAAGAUUCAGAAACUCAAGAAAGUGUUAAUAAUAUAAUAGAUCUUGAACCAGAUUAUAAAUUAGAUAACAACAAAAAUAUUAAAUUAAAUUUACCUAAAUAUGAGAAUAUAGAAAUAAAUACUCAAGAAAUUGUUAACAAUAUAUUAGAUCUUGAAGCAGAUUAUAAAUUAGAUAACAACAAAAAUAUUGAAUUAAAGUUACCUAUACAUCCAAUAUUAAAUACAGAAAUUCGGGGUACUUUAAAAGAAACAAAAAAACGGGUUUUGGAGAAUUUUGAAUCAUCUCUUGACGACUUGCCAUUGAGUGAAUUGUCGGCCAUUUUGAGAAAUGAGGAAACUUAUUCUGUGGAAGGUUUAAAUUUUGAGUUUAUCACCGAAGAGGAAGCUAAAAUGAAGGGAUUAUAUUAUUUAAAUGAUCCAAUAACCAUUAUGGAAGGAUAUUUCCCGCCCCCCAAAAAAGUUAAAAAACACAAAAUUCCAACUGGCAAUGAUUAUUUGGAAUUAUUCCAACAUUACCCAUCAUGCUCAAUGGACACGAAUAAAUCCACUCGGCCUAGUGUGAGAAUGGAUCGAUAUGGUAUCGGAUGCGAUAUCGAUAUGUCAGUGUCAGAUGACGUUUCUCUUGAAAUAAGGGGGGAAGCAGCUGAUAGUUACAAGAAAAUAAUUAAUUUAUACCCUCAAGAAAAUAUGAAGCGUCCGUAAAAGAAAC